AUGGAUCGUCCACCACCACCCACCCACCACGCAAUCCUGGUAGGGGUCAACUGGUAUGAAAGUCAGCCAUUGUACGGGGCGGUCGAUGAUGUCUUGGAGAUCCAAGCUUUUCUUGCCGAGACAAUCCCGUCGGUCCAACUGCAUACAUUCACAGCGACGGCCAGCGAUGACCCUGAUUUCCCUGGCCCUAUCGAGGAGGAACAGCAAUGGCCGACGACUAAGAAUGUUUUCAAUGCAUUGAGUGGAGUCACAAGAGAAUCCAAGCCUGGCGACUUCGUAUAUAUUCAUUUUUCUUGUCACGGGACGACAUUUGAAGACAAGAACGGUCCGAAUGGUCGUGCCCUAGCACUGGUUCUUCUCACCCAUGACAAACGGGAGAGGUAUUUCUGGGGAAGGAUGCUGUCGUCGCAGAUAAAUAACAUGGUGGAAAAGGGCCUCAAAGUCACACUCGUCCUUGACUGUUGUUUCUCCGGAAAUAUCAGGGGCGAAAAAAUCAUUAGGUGCCUUCUGGCUGAUCCCGACAUCGCAAGAGCCAGUGGUUUUUAUGAUGAUCCCUCUCUACUUGAACGGGCAUUCGCAACGAGCGGCAUGCGCGAUGUGGACAUGAUGUUUGACUUGAAGAUCAGAAAUCCAUCCCAGUAUGCCCUGAUGGUAGCCUCUGGUCCAGACCAAGAGGCCGCAGAGGUCAAACUGCCUGGGACUGAAAAAUCCAAUGGGCAGCUUUCACGCUUGCUUCUGGAUACGCUGAAGACUCGAUCAGACCUGGAGCGUAAUAUCCACGAUAUUUAUUCGCGGGUCUGCUUCGGAUUCGAACACAACCAAUUGAAGCAGCAUCCUAUUCUCUAUGGGAACGAGCUUCUGCCAUUUUUUGGAGGGUCCAUUACCCGAAGCCGCUCGAUACCAUCACCAUACCAUCCUGCCUAUUUUGAGGUAAAGACAGAAGAAGGGGACAGACUAUUCCUUCAAGCUGGAAAAGCCCAAGGUAUUAGUGAUGGUGAUGAGUUUGAACUCUAUGCUUCCACUUCGACAACGGAAGAAGCUCGACCAGAUUCCAUUAUAGCACGUGUUUCAAAAGCAACAGCCUUCAAAUCGGCCUUGGAAACGGUCGGCGCGACUUUGGAAAAUUUACGGGGCUGGUCAUGGAAAGCAAUCAUCCGCUCCCAAGCUGCUCUUCGGAAAUACCCUAUCAAACUCUCUUCUGGCGUCCCUGACCGCGAUGCAUGGCUGGUCGAAUUGCGAAAGCGCUCUCUAGAUGCAUUCGCGAGUUCAGAGGAUACUGAAUCUCGUGCAUUCUUUUUCUCCGUGGACCUUGAAGAUGGCUUCUUUGUUUUUCGAGAUUCGGACGGGCAGAAAGUCCCGAAUAUUCCCGUUCUAGAUGGCUCGCAACCCAACAUCCGGGAGCUGAGCGACCUGCUAGAGCACCUUGUCCGAUUCCAUCAUGUCAAGGAUCUGAAGAAUACAGAAACGCCUGGGACCUUUGAGAAUUCUUUCCAAGUUGAGGUGUUUGUCAACAUUGAAAGACCUGACAGUGCAACUGGCAUAGAAAGUGUCAAGAGGCAAGUUGACACGUCUCAAGUCAUCUCCAUCGGGCACGACAAGAAGGCAGAAAUAAUUAUCCGCAACGAGGCCCCGCACGACCUAUACGUCUCUAUCUACAACCUUUCACCGCAGUGGGGCGUGGUCAACGCUCUGAGCGUGACGUUCACCAAGAUUGCGACUAAGAAUGGCCCCGGAUACCCUAAAACGAUACGAAAGAUGUUUAAGAUGAGGAUACCUGACGGAAUGCUGAAGAACGGAGACACUUCAUGCAAAGAUAUUCUCAAGAUCUUUGUCACGUCUCACCCUUCGUGGAUGUACAACCUUCAGCUCCCGAAGCUGGAUGCAUACCAUGGAUUCGGGGAGAGUCCUGGUCGGCCCUCAGAUCCAGUUACGGUUGAAGAGAACUGGACAGUCAUGAGCUUGGACUUUGAUACGGCGGUAUGA